AUGCCGUCAGCAGCCCGCCUCUCCACGGUGCUCGCAGCCGGCGUCUUUUUCCUCGUAGCCAUGAACGUGCUCUUCGACGCACGGGGUGAGACCCACCGCCAGGUCGCGGUCUCCGAGCGGCCCACCGAGGCGCUCACCCGCAUCCGCCGCGAGCAGUCGGCGAUGCAGCGGGCACUGGGUGGUGCUCCCGGUGCGUCCGACCCGCCCGCGCAGCGGUCGAGCGCGGCCGCACAGCUGCCAGUCACGGCGGUUCAGCAUCCGGCCACGCCGGCGGCGGCACCGCGGCCGCAGGCGGGAAUCGUUGCGCAGCCGCAGCCAGUCAAGCCGGUGCCAGGGCCAGCGUCGGACGAGGCCAAGGCGCUGGCCGCCGCCAAUGGCGGCGCGUCCAAGCUCCCGCCGCCGCUCGACAAGCUCGAGCCGGGCACCGACAUCUUUGUCUCGUUUUCGUCCGCCUCGAUGUCGCCGUUUGCGCUCAACUGGGUCGCAAACCUGAGGCACGCGCGAGGCGAGCGCGCCGGCAUCCACGAGCUGAUGGUUGGCGCGCUCGACGAGGGCAUGACCAAGAUCUGCGAGGAGCACGGCAUCCCCACCCUCUCAAUCGAGGCAAACUCCAUCAAGAACCGCGGCGCCGCCAACCUGCGCUUCGACUACUCGGCGUACAAGCGGAUGGCCGCGAUGAAGGUCCAGUUCUACUCCAACAUCCUCCGCCUCGGAUUCAACGUGUGGGCGUGCGACGCCGACACGGCUUGGAUGGCCCACCCGGCACCCUCGGCAAGAGAGGCCCCGUGCGGGGGAGGGGCGCAACGUCACAGCUGUCGGCGUGAGCAGGCACCCUUCGUCAACGAGUACCCCAUGCAGUACGUUGACAUCCUCACCACCACCGACUGCAUAGACGUCGAGGGCGACACGAAGGGCGGCUGCUGGCACGUCGACCACAACACGGGCCUUGUGUACAUGCGCGCGCGGCAGGGAGUGCUCGACUUCACUGCGGCGUGGAAGCAAAAGAUCGAGACGACGCGAGACGUCAUGAUCCGCGACCAGGCGGCGCUCAACCUGCUGAUGCGCGAGGGGUUCCGCUCCAAGGAGUGGGAGCCUCCGCCCGACCCGCAGGGCAGGACAAAGGCGCGCCCUAUCUACAAGGCGUGGAACGACCGGCUCAAGAUCGCGCGGCUGCCGCUGCGCUAUUUUGCAAACGGGCACACCUUCUUCGUGCAGCGCAUGUACGCGCGCAAGGAGGCUGACGGCUCGGACCACCCGCCGCCCUUUGCGCUCCACAUGACCUACCAGUACGGGGAUUCGUCCAAGUUUGCGUACGGCAAGCGGCAGCGGAUGCGCGAGGCUCGCGUCUGGUGGGUGGACCCGCCCUCGUACUUUAGCGAGGGGCGGUACCUCGCCGUCGCGCCCGAGGGCGCCGCGCUGCCGAUCGACACUCUUCCAAACAGCGUCACUACCGCCGAGGCCGCCGGCCGCUUCAACAAGGAGGAUUCGCACUUGCGCGAGACGUUGCGCGAUGCGCUGGGGCUUGCCACCGCCCUGAACCGCACGCUCGUGGGCGGUGCCUUUGGAAUGACUCUCCCCUUCGACUGCCCCGCCGACCACAUACUGCCGCUCGUCGGCUGGUUCGAACAGGGCGUCGCCUUUCGCGAGCCUGGCUUCUUGACCGAUCCGCGGCUCUCGCCCGACAUCAAGUCGAGCUGGGUGCGCGUGGACGCGCCGCCGAUGUCAGCCAGCCAGGCGCGCGACGCGCUGCGCCCGUACGAGCAUGUGCGCGUGCUCGAGUUCAAGUCCACCUUCCGAAAGUUUUGUGGCUUUGAGGACGCGACUGCGGGUGCCUCUUUUGAGCGGGUCGCAAAGGCGGUCGUGCCGUACCACCGCACCUUUUGCGCCGAGGAUUGGACGCCCGAGAGCUGCGUCGGCCCCCGCAAGGGUUGUGUGCCCUUUUAUGCGCCGUGCUGCCACGGCUCUCCCGGAAGGCACUUCCCGUGCGUCUACCUGAACAAGCCACCCGAUUUCAAGGGCCACGCCAUCAGCGAUCGGCCAGCCUUUUGCCCAGCACCCGACCCGCACGGCUCGACGCCGGCGGUGCACGAGGAGCGCGUCGUCGACUACCCCGAUCUGUCGCCCAACCCGCGCUCGCGGCAGUUCCACAAGAUCGUCGACGACUUUCGGAAAAAACCGGGGCGGCAGAAGAGAUAG